GUUUAAGUCAUGGAAUUGGUUCUUACUCUACUACAGGGAAAGGAGCUAGCUGUUUGAGUGUUACAGGAUGUUACACCAUCCACCCACAGCCCAGGUGGGUUACACCAUCCACCCACCUUCACCUGGAGCUGGGACCAGGCUGAGACCCACUCACUGAUGACGGUGAUGGGAGUCCGUGUGAUCGAUGAGAAAACACAUGAAGCCGAAUCCUUGGAACCAGCACCUCCUCAGAAACGGCCCAGGAACUGCCAGGGAAAAGAGAACCAGCCACAUAGCUUCCUGAUGCCCAAGAGAUUUCGUAAAAGUGCUCAUUCUUCGUCAGGUGUGAGCUGCUCUUGGGAAAAGUUACCAGAUGAGCUGCUCUUGGUGAUUUUUCGCUCUUUGUCACUGCCUCAUCUCCUAAAAGCCUCAAGAGUCAGCAAACGCUGGCAUCGACUGGUGUUUGACAAGUCCUUGUGGUACAGUGUGGAUCUGAGCAAGGGGAACCUGCCCUUAGGGACUGUGGGCCAGGUGCUAGGAGCUGGAGUGGUUGUCCUGAGGAGCCCCCGUUCCUUCCUGGGGGACCCCAUGUUCAAGGAUGAGAGCCCACUCUGUGUUCAAUACAUGGACCUGUCGCAUUGUGUGGUGAGCUGUUCCGCCAUCUUCCAGAUUCUUCACCGUUCUCACCGGCUCCUCAGCCUCAGUCUUGAGGGUCUUGUGCUCUCCGAUGAUGUCAUCAGGGCGAUUGGACAGAAUGAGAACUUACUGAGGUUGAAUCUCUGCAGCUGCUCCCAGUUUGGGCCAGACUCCCUGAGGCAGAUGCUGAGUAACUGUUCCAGACUGGAUGAGUUGAAUCUUUCAUGGUGUAAAUUCAGCUCUCAGCACAUUCAGGCGAUGGUCUCACACAUUCCUGCCAGCAUAACCCAGCUCAACAUCAGCGGCUACAGGCACUGUCUCCACAACUCAGAUGUGGAGACUCUGUGCAGGCGCUGCCCACGAAUAACCAACCUGGACAUGAGUGACAAUACGAUGCUCACUCCCAGCUGCUUCUCUGCUCUCCAGACCCUCUCUCACCUCCAGCAUCUAGGCCUGAGCAGGUGCCAUGAGAUCCCACCAACAAGUCUUGAGAACCUGGGGGAGAUUGCGACCCUGAAAACUCUGAACGUUUAUGGAUUAGUGCGAGACUCCGCAGUGAAUGUGAAGGAACUGAUUGCUCAGAUUAAAGUCAACACACUUCCACUGACAACCAUCGGCAGACCGACACUCGGCAAUGGGAAGGUGCAGACCAUCUGGGGCAUUGAUUGCAGGUUGGCUUUACACAGCCUGUGAGCAGCCCCAGUCAGAGCCACACUACACAACACAACAUAGUGAGAGGCAGGGACUCGCCCAGGGUGUCCAGGCACACUGAGUUUGGAUCAGUUACUCCCACCAACACAUGACAGCUCCGUGUUUGAGUGGAUCAAUGCUUUUUAUCCAGCCAGUGAUGAAAACUCAGAAAUCAGGGAAAGAGAAAUUGAAGAGAGACAUUUAUCAAGAAUGAGACCAGAUUGUUAAAGAUUUUAACUUCUUUAUAUUAACACCAGUUUUUAAGUGAGUUUAUGUUCACAAUGUUCAGUUGGUGAAAAGAAUUCUGGUCAGUGAACUCACAAAGACCAAAAACUGUGUUUCAGCUUAGGAGAGUCUGAUUCAAAAUUUGGAGAGUUAUUCUUGUUAAAUCUAAAGUCCUAAACUAAACUAAAAUAAGAUGAGGUAAGACUUUGUAACAUGCAUAUUUUCAGGCAGCUAAUAUAAAAAGAUAUAUCAAAUAUUUUUUGACCCAUCUGUGAUUGUCUAACCUGUCCCAUUACCUAUGGUGUUCACCUUUCACCAUCACCCCUUUUGCCAAUCAAUCUUCUCCCCCAUCCCCUCUCUAUACCUCCACUUGCUUAAAACCUGUGUAACCUUAACUUUUUCUAGUUCUGAUGACAGGUUAUUGACCUGAUACAUUCACAUGUCUCUCUUUAGAUGACAAACCUGCUGAGUAGUUCCAACACUUUGUUUUUAUUUCAGAUUUCCAGCAUCUGCAGUAUUUUGCUUCCUUAUGAAAAUGAGGGGUUUUAGAAUUGAUGUCUCAGAAUCAGACAAGGUUUAACCCCAGCUGAACCCCCUGGACCACAGUCCUAUGAACCCUCCCAUUUCUUGUACCAUUGAUGUCUCAGAUGUAGGUAGCAUUGGGAAUAGUGGUUGGCACUGUUAUGUCAUUAGUAUUAAUGGUUAAUAUUGUAUGCUUCUCUUACAACAGCCAAUA